CCAGAAGCUAUGCAUGGGGAAACACAUUAAAAUAGAAAGAAAUGUGUUUGUUCUUGAGACCUGCCUCUCCGCGACCCUGAUUCUGCAGCAGGGACAAGCCGCCCUAAAUAAAGCCAGGCAUGUGAAGAGGGAUCUCAAGAGCCAGCCUGUCAAGAGAGAUCUGUUUGGCCCGGUUCCUUGGAUCACACCACAGCCUUCAGUUUGUACAUGCCUUUUGGUAUGCCUGGCCCCACAAUUCUGGGUCAUUUGGGGGCCAACAGAGCUGCACAUCCCUGGCAUGUAGAGAAUGAGCUCCCCAUCUCCUGGAGCAUUCAAACAGUGCAGACAGUCACCUCGAAGGGGAUUCCUGCUUUGUGUAGAAGUGUGGAAUUCUGAGGUCACUAUUCUAGGAAUCCAGUGGCUUCUUCAUUGUUGGAUAAGGAAUCAAUUGAUUGGGAAUCCAAUAUGGGCUCCUCCUUUUCCUUGAAUGUGACUUGAUCACAAGUACAUUCCUAACCGCCCCCCCCCCCAGCUCAGUUGCUCCAUUCGGGGUGAUAAUACACAAUCUGCCUACCUGCCCCUGUUGUGAGGACUCCUAAAAUGCUAAUGAGCAGCAAACUAAAAACCUAUAAUUCUAUUGCCAUCCUAGAAGGAGUGGUGCUACCGCCAUGACAUGAGCAGUCCUCCCCGCUGGUCAGACGGCAGGACCAGUGGAAUCCAGAGGAAGAGGAGCAUACUGUGAAGGGAGCAUGUUUCCCCACGAGUCAUGAUUCCUUAGGUUUGUCGCCUGUAGGUCUUGUGUUCUUUGGAGUGACCUUGAGCAGCAUCUCUGGAACCUCAUGAACAUCGACUUUAAAAAAAAAAAAAAUUGUCCAGCCAGGGCGUCAUUCCCUAGCAGGGUUUCCUUCCACUUCUACACAUACCAAAAAAGAAAAGUCAACCACGAGGCUUGCUGAAUUAAUGAACCACUUCUCUUAUCUAUUUUUCCUGUUAUCUAAUUCUGAGAGGAAAGCUGGGAGCUCCAGGGAGCUGGGAGACACGGCUCACAACGUCUCCCUCCCACCCGGCGGAGGACAGCCUGGAAUCUCUGGGCUGGGGCCAGGCUGUCCCUGAAAGCUUGCUCCACCAGGCCUUGAGGCUGCAGGAACACCGCUCCCACUGUGGGACCCUGGCUGCAGCAAGGCGAAGGAGUCCUCUAGGCCUUCGGAACUGGAGGCUUCCGACUGGCGCUGCGGGUGUUCUGGAGGCAGUGCACAGCGACCCGCGCAGGACCAAGACCUCUGGACGUGGCAAGUGGGUUACCCGAAGGCGGGUGCCCCCACACCAGCGCCCAGGCACCACCUUGCGUUUUGUGCCGCCCUGAGCGCUCCAGACCUCCAGGCCCUGGGCGGAGAGGCCCCUCCUGCACCACCUUCCGGAACCACCAAAACUGCAAUUUCGAUUUUCCUGAGUAAACAGGAGCCCAGAGCCUUUGCUCGAUGCUGGAUUUAAUAUGCAGACCUCUUUGAGGGCCUUGGUCUUUUUCCCUUUGGUUUUUAAUCAUUUUUGUGACAGUCCCUCACACGUGCAUUACUAGUCUCGUGGUCUUCUCUCCCCGCGCGGCUCUUUGACCAGCGAGGAGGGCGACGCGAAGAGCUCCCGGGGGCGAUGUACCAGAGCCUGGCCAUGGCCGCCAACCACGGGCCGCCGCCGGGGGCCUACGAGGCGGGCGGCCCCGGCGCCUUCAUGCACGGCGCGGGCGCUGCGUCCUCGCCGGUCUACGUGCCCACGCCACGGGUGCCUUCCUCGGUGCUGGGCCUGUCCUACCUCCAGGGUGGUGGCGGGGGUGCUGCCACCGGAGCCGCCUCGGGCGGCAGCUCGGGCGCGGCCCCGUCGGGUGCCGCUCCUGGGACACAGCAGGGCAGCCCAGGCUGGAGCCAGGCGGGAGCCGAGGGAGCCGCCUACACCCCGCCACCGGUGUCCCCGCGCUUCUCCUUCCCGGGGACCACAGGGUCCCUGGCGGCCGCCGCCGCCGCCGCCGCCGCCCGGGAAGCCGCGGCCUACGGCAGUGGCGGCGGGGCGGCGGGCGCGGGCCUGGCCGGCCGCGAGCAGUACGGGCGCGCGGGCUUCGCGGGCUCCUACUCCAGCCCCUACCCGGCCUACAUGGCCGACGUGGGCGCGUCCUGGGCCGCGGCCGCCGCCGCCUCCGCCGGCCCCUUCGACAGUCCGGUCCUGCACAGCCUGCCCGGGCGGGCCAACCCCGCCGCCCGACACCCCAAUCUCGUAGACAUGUUUGAUGACUUCUCAGAAGGCAGAGAGUGUGUCAACUGUGGGGCCAUGUCCACCCCACUCUGGAGGCGGGACGGGACCGGGCACUACCUGUGUAACGCCUGUGGCCUCUACCACAAGAUGAACGGCAUCAACCGGCCCCUCAUUAAGCCUCAGCGCCGGCUGUCCGCCUCCCGCCGAGUGGGCCUCUCCUGUGCCAACUGCCAGACCACGACCACCACGUUGUGGCGCCGCAAUGCUGAGGGUGAGCCGGUGUGCAACGCCUGUGGUCUCUACAUGAAGCUCCACGGGGUCCCCAGGCCUCUCGCGAUGCGGAAAGAGGGGAUUCAAACCAGAAAACGGAAGCCCAAGAACCUGAAUAAAUCCAAGACAGCAGCAGGUCCUUCCGGCAGUGAGAGCCUUCCUCCCACCAGCAGUGCUUCCAGCAGCACCAGCAGCACCACCACCACCAGCAGCGAGGAGAUGCGCCCCAUCAAGACAGAGCCCGGCUUGUCAUCUCACUAUGGGCACAGCAGCUCCAUGUCCCAGACGUUCUCCGUCAGUGCCGUGUCUGGCCACGGGCCCUCCAUCCACCCGGUCCUCUCUGCCCUGAAGCUCUCCCCACAAGGCUACGCAUCUCCUGUCAGCCAGUCACCACAGGCCAGCUCCAAGCAGGACUCUUGGAACAGUCUGGUCUUGGCUGACAGUCACGGGGACAUAAUCACUGCCUAAUCUCUCCUCCUUCCCUCCUCAAAUUCCUGCACGGACCUGGGACCUGGGGGCCGCCCUCUGCCUGGGAAGGACUCCAGAGCAACUGGGAAGAAACUUGAAGUCGACAAUUGGUUCUGAGAAGUGGGAGUUGGAUUUUCUCAGGUGCCUUUUCCAGGUGGGGUCUGGAAGGAGCCCACUCUCUGCGCUCUGACACAGACCAGCCCACCCUUCACGGCAGGCACAAUAAGUCUCCUCCAUGGAGUUGGCGACUUCUUUCUCAUUCCCUGUCCCACCUGGCCCCGCCCCUGACAGAGACAAGAUGUCCAUCUCCCCUGCUUCCCACUGCUGUGGCCCAAGGUGGUGGCUUUACCAUUGUGUUCCCAGCACUGGGGCUCUACGGGCAGCUGAUGGGGCAGGGCUCUGGGACCCCCGCUGUAGCCUGAACAGGGCAUCUGCUUGAUGUGUAUUGAAUGUGACAGGCCCCUUCGGGCAGCCUCAGCCCUUGCCCAACACUCCCCUUGAGGCACUGCACAUCCCUGCAUCCCCACGGCUGAUCCGAGUCCAGUAGCACUGGGUGCUGUGCAGAGGUGACUGAACGCAUCCCGGGAAAUGGAAGAGAGACCUGCGCCCCUGCACCGCGUGGCGUCAUCAGAUAGCCGUUGGGCAGUGCCGCCGUCCCCCGUCCAUUCCCUGCUGAGGGCUCUGCUCCUUCUCUUCUCCCACCAGGGCCUGUGGCAUAGAAAUCCCUUCUGUCCUGAGCGAUCCGGCUCUGUCUUCAGCCCAAUCAUGCCUCUUCUUUGUCAAAACGAGAGCUCAGUAGUGUAGCCGAAGGGCAGACCCCAGCAUCCUCCGUUCACCGCAUCCACGCAGAGGGGUACUGAGAAGGGACAGAGGUCCUGCUGCUAAACUAACUGGCGAACACUCAUCCUCGAGGUCCUCCAGGGAGUGCACCUGGGGGGCACGCCCUGCUCGGGACUCCAGCUUGCUUGCUCUCUGAGCCUGUGGACGGUGGCCUGGCCAAGUCACCAGCACCUGGACCUGCAUUCUUUCCCUGGCAAGAACCUUCUGUCUGGGAGAUGAGAAGCUAGAGAGUUUGCAAGAUCAACACAAACCAAACAACAAAACUGGCCGAAAGAAAGACGAUGGCUAUAAGAAGACACUGAGGGUGGGCCUUGAGGGGACAUGCAGCUCCCAGCUGUUCUGGAUUGGCCUCCUCCCUCCACGCUGGGCUCCCAAAGACUUCCUCCCUGUCCUCUGUAUCCGCAGAGCCGCCGCUGACUGUGGCCUCACUCCGUCCACCCCAGACUCCCAGCCCCACCCCAGCCCUCCUGGCUGUAGCAGAGUACCUUUGAACCAAGAUUCUGUUUUAAUCAUCAUUUAACACUUUUCCUCCCUGAAGGCUGCCCCUCCAUUCCCUCCUGACCCACCAACCUGAUAACAUUGUCUUAAGGUGGAAUGGCUGUAAAAUCAGUAUUUAACUAAUAAAUUUAUCUGUAUCCCUCUU